CGUGCAGGCCCUGUACUCCCACUCUUCCUUUGGUGUUUUGUUCUCGACAUAGAGCCACCCUUGGGUUUUGGUGUUGAGUUUCUGCCAAUUCCGCGCCGUCGACCACUCGCCAAUCAACCCAGCACCUCCCAUCAUUCCAUUCCCUUGACUGCUGCUUUCACGCACCGUUUCCUCUGCUGAAACACUGUCCCCAUUACGAGUUUUUAUUCUUGCGCAUGCCGGCCGUUUCUGGUCUUGUCUUGUCGCGAGCGGUUUCUUCCAGGGGUGUUUGACCAUCUCGCAAAGAUUUCGGUGUUCGCAAUAUGGACGCCAUGGAGGUCGGAAGCUCGCCUGGAAGUCUGAGUUCCCCGCCCCAUUCGCCAGAGCAAGGCACUCCGAAUAAUUCCACGAUCCGAGUUGCCACUCCCCUCUCCACACAUGUUGGUGUUGCAAAUGCAAACAACACCCCACCCGCGCCGACAUCCACCACCUCCACGCCAAGACUGACUGCAGCGGGACUCCCACGUAAAAAGCCAGGCCCUAAGCCCAAGGCUAAAGAUCCCAACGUAGUCGAGGAGAAGAAGACCACCAGGAAGCCGCGCAAGACGGCCGAGCCCAGGGAACAGAAUGCAGCCCUUCCUGUACCGCGCAAGCGGAGAACCAAAGCAUCGCUGGACGCUCAACCAGCUCCGCCUGCACCACCACCACCACCACCUCCUCCUCCACCCCAGGAGAAACCGGCCCAACAAUCGACACCGCAGCAAACGAGACCCACCGACUUGCCAGCAGUGCCCCAACCAGAGCAGCCCACCCAGGUUACGCAGCCGCCGCCCCCUUCACGCAUGCUGAGCAAUUCCGAUCUUCUGCAUAGCAAUCCCAAUCUCUCCCACAUCAACGCUGCUCCAUCCACCCCCCGGCCGGCCAGUUCUGGCCAGCGUUAUGAUCCGAUCCGCGGCGGCAUUUUUGAAUCCAAGCCUCCUGCUGCUGCCACCGUUGCGCCUCCCAUCUCGCCUCCCUUGAACCGUGCAAGUGCAUCCCCAUCCAUCACCUCGUUGAUUGACCCUCCCUCUGCCUCAAAUUCCAUGUAUGCCCAGCCCACUAGGCUACAGCAGCAAACCUCCGUCACCUCUGCACCUGCCUCCCCCGCCGCUCUUUCUAUGCGUCCUGGGUCACACCUUCCGCACCAAGAGCAGUCGCAACAACCAUCUCAUGCAUCACUUCCCCCCACACCACAACAGCAACAACAAUCAUCGCCCCGACCCGCUCAACCUCAAGCCGCGAUGCUCGGCCCUACUCCCAUGGACAUUGAUUCCGAUGUCAGCCCUCGAGCACAUGUCCCAAUGAAGAAAUCCGACUCCGCGAGCGGGGCUACACCGUCGAAUUCCAACGCCCCGACCCCACCCGUCAAGGCCGCACGCCAGAAAGAAGCUCCGCCACCACUCCCGAUGGGCAGUGGGCUUCUGUCAGGCACUCCGCUGGGUCCCUCCGUCGGUGGCAACGGCCCCACGGAGCCCCAGGGUGUCAACAUAUGGCUUUCCUUUCCUCUCAAGGGCCGCGAGAACGUCACCAUCAACUUCGCUCAAGAGGUGGAGAAGAAAUACGGCUUCGCUGCCCUUCACCCACGUAUUGCUGCUCGCAAGGAGCGUCAGCGUCAAAUCACUGCUGCAGGUGCUGCCCUCGAGAAGGCCCAUGGCAUGGGUUCGGCCGACGACAUGUCGGUCGAUCUGUCUGAGAACGAGAGCAACAACGAUGUUACCGGACUAGAUGAUGAUGGGUCUGGUGGCGGUAACGGGACGAAGAAACGGCGCAAGAGGAAAACGGAGGAUUACGACAAAGAGGACGACUUCAUCGACGACACCGAGCUCGCGUGGGAACAGCAGGCACUCAUGGUCAAAGACGGUUUCUUCGUGUACAGCGGUCCGCUCGUCACCGAAGAGAAGGUCGCUAUCGAAAGGGCCGAUGGCACCACGAAGCGAGGCCGCGGUCGCGGUCGUGGCGGUACUACCCGGGGCGAUACUGCUGGGCGAGGCCGUGGACGUGGAGGUGGCCCAGGGUCACGUGGCGGUGCCACAGUCCGCAAACCACGUGUAACCAAGGCCGAUCGUGCGGCGAUGGAACAGGAAAAGCACGAGCGAGAAAAGCUCGCAGGACUCAUCAACCAGAAGACGUUGACGCCUGCCUAUGCCAGCACCGCUACUAGUUAGGGACCCUCUGAUUUGGCAUUCUGGAACAUAGUGCUCUAGUAUCUUCUUCUUCACCUCUUUCGGGCGUCUAGCCACUGUAUCACAAUCAUCCAUUUUCCUUUGUACAAUUACAUGCAGCGAACAUUCUCGUUGUAGAAAAGGGGGCUGGGAACGGCGGGCUAUCUGCGUUUGUUUGCGGGUCAUAUGGUGUUCCAUGGCGUUUUGCUCCAAAUUCGGGCAGAGAUACGGCGUUCGCAUGUCCGAAAGCCUACGGGUGAGCAAAGUCAUAACCUCGCAUGCGUGGACUAUCGUAAUCGAUUAUUUCUCAGUCAAGAUCGUAGUUCUUUCAAUCCAAAAAAUUCAUCUUACCCACUUGGUUAGUUCUUGUAAGUCACUCGUUUCGAAUGAUGCCCUAGUUCUUGAUCCCAGCUCGUCGCAUGGUGUGUAAUAAUAUAUGCGAUUGUCUCGUCACUUUAAACUGCCUUGUUCCUGACUUUGCCGUAUAUCGUUGCUAUAUGUCACUCUGAAUCAUACGUCGCUCUUUCCACCUUUAUCUCAGGCGAAUCCCCUACGUAUGUAAGUAUAACAACCUCACCUCCGUCACCCCAACGCGUUCCUUCAUACAUAAUGUAUUGCAAACACGCAUACACAGAGCUUUGUUUACUAACACAGCGCGCCAAGCCUUUCUAGAUCUCUCACCGACGCACGUAUCCAUACUUUUGAGGGCACGACAGUCCCUUGUUACACACACCCUUCCUGUCUGUCUGCACAAACACCCUCACUCUCGACUCGGAGUC